AUGAACCAAACUCAUCACCAGCAAUCAGAAAUGUAUUACCCUCAGUAUCAGACGCAACAGUACAACCCAUAUCCUUAUCCUACGAAUGGUGCCCAUACUCCCGCUGUCUCCACUCCUAUGCCCGGGCCUCAGAAUGUACUGCCGGUACCUUCGGCCCUGAGCAAUCAAGGAGCCAUGCCACAGGCCGCUUAUAGCAACAAUGCUCCCGCUGGUAACUUCGACACAACCGGACAGCACAACCCCCCAGGCAUGAAGCCUAGAGUCACAGCGACUCUUUGGGAGGAUGAGGGUAGCUUGUGUUUUCAAGUUGAAGCCAGAGGUAUCUGUGUCGCACGUAGAGAAGAUAACCACAUGAUCAACGGAACAAAGCUAUUGAAUGUCGCUGGCAUGACCCGAGGACGUCGAGACGGUAUUCUAAAGAGCGAAAAGGUCCGACAUGUUGUGAAGAUUGGUCCCAUGCACCUGAAGGGCGUUUGGAUCCCAUACGACCGCGCCCUGGAUUUUGCGAACAAGGAGAAGAUCACUGAACUUCUGUACCCUUUGUUUGUCCAUAAUAUUGGUGCUCUCCUAUACCACCCUUCCAACUCCAACAGGACUAGCCAAGUGAUGGCUGCCGCUGAACGAAAGAAGAACGAAGCAAUUGUCGGCAACCGGUCAUUACCCUCGCUUGUUCAGCCGCAUCACCAGAUGAUGCCUGGAAUGCCCACUGGAUACGCCCCUCAGCAGCCUCUAACGAACGGACAUCAAUCCAUGACAAACACCCCUCAGCCUCUCACCAACGGUUCCCAGCCUCCCAUGAAUGGGCCCCAAACUCCCAUGAAUGGCUCUCAGCCACCUAUGCAGAAUGGAGCUGGUAUGCUGAAGCGAGUGCGCGAUGAUGAUGAUGAAUUGCACCGUUCUGCUCCUAAUGGGCAUGACCCCAUGAACAACAUGCAUGGAAUGCCUAACGGAUAUCCCCACCAAUCCCCUCUCGGAAGCGUUCACCAACCUCCCAUGCAGAACGGAGGUGAACUAAAGCGAGGCCGAGAUGAGCAUGAUGACAUUCACAGAUCAGGCCCCAACGGACACGAUCCUAUGAACAACAUGUCUGGCAGUAUGCCUAGCCUUCCAACAUAUGCUCCCCCGCCUCUGCAGAAUCUUCAUCAGCCCCUUUCUAAUGGCGAUGGUGGCAUGCUUAAGAGAGGCCGAGACGAUGAUGACGAUGUCCACCGGUCAAGCCCCAAUGGUCAUGAUGCCAACGGCAAUUUCGAGAUCAAGAGACGCAAGACCGAGACGUCAACUUCAAGCGAUAUGCUACCUCAAUCGCCCUACUACACUCUGUCCACCAACGGAGCAUACCAAGGUCCUAUGAUGAACGGCAUGAACCCUUAUAAGCGACGGGACGAUGAAGCCGAGACGCCUCGACCAGGACCAAACAUGAACGACAUGAACAACUUCGAUCUGAAGCAGCGACACAAGACCAUGGAGUCGAGCGUCCCUGCUCCUCAAUACGACGCAAUGAACAGGCCUCACUCCAGUAUUGGAAACUCUCCUGCGUACGCUCCUGCUCCUGGCUAUGACCAUCUUACUCGCCCUGCCUCUACCGUCGCGGUAUCUCCCUCGUAUCCUUCUGCUCCUGGGUAUGAGCUUGCGCGACCCGCUGGGACUAACGUUCCCAGAAGGCAGCAGUCCUUUGGAUAA